GGCGACGGCGACGGCGGCCGUGAUGCUGAGCUCCCGGGCACAGGCGGCGAGGACGGCGGCCGACAAGGCCCUCCAGCGCUUCCUGCGCACCGGGGCGGCCGUCAGAUAUAAAGUCAUGAAGAACUGGGGAGUGAUAGGCGGAAUCGCCGCUGCUCUUGCAGCAGGAAUAUAUGUUAUCUGGGGUCCCAUUACAGAAAGGAAGAAGCGGAGAAAAGGGCUCGUGCCUGGGCUCGUCAACUUAGGGAACACCUGCUUCAUGAACUCGCUGCUGCAGGGCUUGUCUGCCUGCCCCGCCUUCGUCAGGUGGCUGGAAGAGUUCACCACCCAGUACUCCAGGGACCAGCAGGGGCCCCACACACACCAGUGCCUGUCCUUGACGCUGCUGAACCUCCUGAAAGCUUUGUCCUGCCAAGAAGUCACCGAGGAUGAGGUCUUGGAUGCAAGCUGCCUGCUGGAUGUCCUGAGGAUGUACAGGUGGCAGAUUUCUUCCUUUGAAGAACAGGAUGCUCACGAGUUAUUCCAUGUCAUCACCUCCUCACUGGAAGACGAGCGGGACCGCCAGCCUCGAGUCACACAUCUGUUUGACGUUCAUUCCCUGGAGCAGCAGUCAGAAAUGACUCCCAGACAAGUCACCUGCCACACGAGAGGGUCUCCUCACCCCACGUCUAAUCACUGGAAGUCUCAACACCCUUUCCACGGAAGACUAACUAGUAACAUGGUGUGCAAACACUGUGAGCACCAGAGUCCUGUUCGAUUUGAUACCUUUGACAGCCUUUCCCUCAGUAUUCCAGCUGCCACUUGGGGGCACCCGCUGACGCUGGACCACUGCCUUCAUCAUUUCAUCUCAUCCGAGUCGGUGCGAGACGUCGUGUGCGACAACUGUACAAAGAUUGAAGCAAAAGGAACGUUGAAUGGGGAGAAGGUGGAACACCAGAGGACCACUUUCGUUAAACAGUUGAAACUAGGGAAGCUGCCCCAGUGCCUCUGCAUCCACCUCCAGCGGCUCAGCUGGUCCAGCCAUGGCACGCCCCUGAAGCGGCAUGAGCAUGUGCAGUUUAACGAGUUCCUGAUGAUGGACUUCUACAAGUACCGCCUCCUGGGACACAAACCCAGUCAGCAUGGCCCCAAAGCCAGUGAGAACCUGGGGUCCGCCCUGGAACUACAGGACACACAAGCGUCCCCGAAGCCAGGUCUGAGUCAGCCGGGGGCCCCCAAGACCCAGAUUUUCAUGAAUGGCGCCUGCUCCCCGUCUUUGUUGCCAGCCCUGCACUCCCCGAUGGCCUUCUCUCUGCCGGUGGUUCCUGACUACAGCUCCUCCACGUACCUGUUCCGCUUGAUGGCAGUUGUCGUCCACCAUGGGGACAUGCACUCUGGACACUUCGUCACUUACCGACGGUCCCCACCUUCGGCCAAGAACCCUCUGUCAACCAGCAACCAGUGGCUGUGGAUUUCCGAUGACACCGUCCGCAAGGCCAGCCUGCAGGAGGUCCUGUCCUCUAGCGCCUACCUGCUGUUCUACGAGCGAGUUCUGUCCAGGGUACAGCAGCAGGGGCGGGAGUACAGGGCUGAGGAGUGACGGGCAGCCCGGAGCCAGGGCCCGUGGUGAGGGCCACGUCCAGGAUAACAGAAGGCAUGCCACGUGUACGCGUGCAAGCAGCCCCGCUAGAGCCCCUCAGCCCUGUGUGUAUUGUGAGAGCAGGCUCCACACGGGGGCCUGUCUACGCAGCGCUGCCAGGGUGUACUGGAAGGUGUCCUCACGUGAGGACAGCCUCCAUCGUGUCUGGAACAUCUUCCUCAUCUGACACAGGUCAUUAAAAGACACAGACUCCAGCGGCCACCCUUUCUGUACUGUAACAUGCUAGGUGUUCUCAGAGGACACUGCCUUUGUCUGGUCCUCUGACAUUCCAGCAUAGAUCUUUAUUUUUAAUAAGAAGGCCCUAAAUAUUA